GUUAAUCUCGUAAAAAGCGUGAAUAAUAACUUUUUUUUCCUUUUCUUUUCUUUUGGUGGGGGUUAGAAGAGAAAUUAUAUGUGCACAGCACUCGCGCAGUGUUGAAGCGAGUCUCCAGAUUCUUCGUUUCCCUUUUCAGAACCCUGAUCAUUCACUCAGAUCAAUGGCUGAGGCAGCAAACCCAGUUACUCCAAGUCACGAGCUGUUGGAAUGGCCGAAGCAGGACAAGCGCAGAUUCUUACAUGCUGUGUAUCGAGUGGGAGACCUUGAGCGCACCAUCAAGUUUUACACUGAAUGUCUUGGGAUGAAGCUACUGAGGAAAAGAGAUGUUCCGGAAGAAAAAUAUGCCAAUGCUUUUCUUGGUUUUGGCCCAGAGGACUCUCACUUUGUGUUGGAAUUGACCUACAACUAUGGGGUUGAUAAGUAUGACAUUGGAACGGGAUUUGGACAUUUUGCCAUUGCAACUCAAGAUGUUUACAAAUUGGUUGAAGACAUAAAGGCGAAGGGUGGAACUAUCACUCGAGAGCCUGGUCCAGUUAAAGGCGGAUCAACUGUUAUUGCUUUUGCCAAGGAUCCAGAUGGCUACCUUUUUGAACUAAUUCAACGAGGUCCCACUCCUGAACCACUCUGCCAAGUGAUGCUUCGUGUUGGUGAUCUUGAGCGCUCUAUCAAAUUUUAUGAGAAGGCUCUAGGAAUGAGACUCUUGAAGAAAACUGACAGACCCGAACAAAAGUACACCAUAGCAAUGAUGGGAUAUGCUGAUGAAUAUGAGACAACUGUUCUGGAAUUGACAUACAACUAUGGUGUAACUGAAUAUACAAAAGGAAAUGCAUAUGCACAGGUUGCAAUUAGUACUAAUGAUGUAUACAAGAGCGCUGAAGUUGUGAAGAUAGUUACCCAGGAGCUUGGCGGAAAGAUAACUCGUGAACCAGGACCAAUCCCUGGAAUUAACACUAAGAUAACUUCUUUCCUGGAUCCAGAUGGAUGGAAAACUGUUCUGGUUGACCAUGAAGAUUUUCUGAAGGAACUCUAGACAAACGAGUUGGGUGGUCAAGAAAUGCUGGAGGUGAUGUACCUUAAAAUUGAUGUUUCCAUUUCUGGUUCAAUAAUGUAAUCACAUAUUAACAUGGGAUGAUCUGUAGUAAUAGAUCGUAGUAUUAAGCAAAAGCUAGAAAUGCAAAUUCAAGCAUCAUCUCCUGUAUGACUUCUCUGUAUUACGUGUGUGGAUUUGAGGACAGAAGAUUUGGUUUUUUCAA